AAAAUGCAAAGAGCUUAUGCAUGAUUUAGCAUUUUCAUAAUAAGAGAGGAAGCUGGUCUUCAGUCACAGACUGCAGACCAGCCAAUGUGCAGAAAUGAAGAACCUUCUCUGGUACAUCACUGCUGCAUCAGCUCUCUGCUCCGUCUCCUCUCUCUCUGAACGGCGCUACCAUUUUAUUUAUGAACCAAAGAGCUGGACCGAAGCUCAGAGUUACUGCAGGGAAAAGUACACCGACCUGGUUACCGCCGACAACCUGGACAUCGUGAAGAUGUUGUACGAGAUGGGUGAUCCGAACAAAUUGGACCCCUUUGCAGAAGCCUGGAUUGGUUUGUACCGUGAUGAGACCAUCUGGAAGUGGCUGUCAGAUUAUAAUCCCAACUUCAGUAACUGGGCCAGUGGACAGCCUGACAACCUGUGGUACAGAGCAGGAUGCGGAGGGAUGUACAGCACUGGAAAAUGGCACGAUGCCUACUGUGAAGAGCUCUUUACACUCGUCUGCUCCAAUGUGACCG